AUGGCCGCGAAUCCCAUUUCUCAGGGUCAAGGACUAGCAGUCUUCAGAAAGCAACUCUUCAGUCCCAGCCUCAAGUCCAAUUCUCAGCCUGCUUCUUUUCUCAGGUGCUAUUCUUCUCAGAAAACCGAGAACCAUAAUGAGAAUGAUGAACAACAGCACAGAGCUAAACAACCCAAAUCGUCAACCCCAAAAACCAAAACGGCUAAGGAUAUGGCCAGGCUUGUCAACACCAAUCCAUGGUCGAGUGAGCUUGAGUCUUCUCUCUCUACAAUCUCUUCCUCUCUCUCCAAGACCACGGUGCACCAAACACUCCACCUUAUCAAAACCCCGCACAAAGCCCUUCAGUUCUUUAAGUGGGUAGAGGUAAUGGGUUUCUCUCACAAUGACCAAUCCUACUUCUUGAUGCUUGAAAUCUUGGGUCGAGCCCGAAUUCUCAAUGCAGCACGAAAUUUAUUGUUUUCAAUUGAAAAAAAGUCUAAUGGUGCAGUUAAACUCGAGGACCGCUUCUUUAAUAGCUUAAUAAGGAACUAUGGUCGAGCUGGGCUGUUCCAAGAGUCUAUAAAGCUUUUUACUACAAUGAAGUCGCUUGGUGUAUCGCCUUCUGUUGUUUCAUUCAAUAGUCUUCUGUCGAUUUUGCUUAAAAAGGGUAGGACAAAUAUGGCCAAGAAUGUAUAUGAUGAAAUGCUCAGUAUGUAUGGAGUGACACCAGAUACAUAUACAUUUAACAUUUUGAUUAGAGGGUUUUGUAUGAACUCCAUGGUAGAUGAAGGUUAUCGCUUUUUCAAAGAUAUGUCGGGUUUUAGAUGUUACCCGGAUGUCAUUACCUAUAAUACUCUUGUUGAUGGGCUAUGUCGAGCAGGGAAGGUUGAAAUUGCCCAUAAUGUGGUGAAGGGUAUGAGUAAGAGAAGUGGGGAUUUGACUCCAAAUGUUGUUACUUAUACGACCUUGAUUAGAGGGUAUUGUGUGAAACAGGAGAUUGACAAGGCUUUAUGUAUUUUGGAGGAGAUGACUACUCGAGGGUUAAAACCAAAUGGAUUUACCUACAAUACUCUAAUUAAGGGGCUUUGUGAAGCACAGAAGCUAGAUAAGAUAAAAGAGAUUUUGGAAGGAACAAUGAUUGGUGGAGAAUUUACUCCAGAUACAUGUACGUUCAACACAUUGAUGCAUUCACAUUGCAAUGCAGGAAACUUGGAUGAAGCAUUGAAGGUUUUUGCAAAGAUGUCAGAGUUAAAGGUUCCACCAGAUUCAGCUACAUACAGUGUUUUGAUACGCAGUUUAUGUCAACGAGGGGAUUACCUUAGAGCAGAGGAGUUGUUUGAUGAGUUAUCAAAGAAAGAAAUUUUGUUAAGGGAUGAUGGUUGUAAGCCUCUUGUUGCCUCUUAUAACCCUAUCUUUGGGUAUUUAUCUAGUAAUGGGAAAACUCAGAAGGCCGAGGAAGUGUUUAGGCAGCUAAUGAGAAGAGGAACACAAGACCCUCUGUCCUACAAGACUUUGAUCAUGGGCAAUUGUAAGGAAGGUUCAUAUGAAGCUGGGUAUGAACUCUUAGUCUGGAUGCUUAGAAGGGAUUUUGUGCCUGAUGAAGAGAUUUAUGUAUCCUUGAUUGAUGGCCUCUUGCAGAAGGGUAAGCCCCUUCUUGCCCAACAGACUUUAGAGAAGAUGCUAAAGAGCUCUCAUCUCCCACAAACAUCUACUUUCCAUUCUUUACUUGCAGAACUUUUGAAACAACAUUGUGCCCGUGAAUCUGCCAGUUUUGUCACUUUAAUGUUGGAGAAAAAAAUUAGACAAAACAUUAAUCUCUCAACACAUCUUGUAAGGCUACUUUUCAGCCGUGGGUUCCGAGAUAAAGCAUUUGAGAUUGUAGGGAUGCUCUAUGAGAAUGGGUACUCAAUUAAAAUGGAAGAACUGGUUUGUUUCCUUUGCCAAAGUAGAAAGCUUUUAGAGGCAUGUGAAAUGUUGCAAUUCAGUCUGCAGAAGCAUCAAAGUGUCGAUAUUGAUAAUUUUAACCAAGUUAUUGUAGGGCUUUGUGAUAUAAAUAAACUUUCAGAAGCAUUUGGCUUGUACUAUGAACUGGUUGAAAAUAAAGGCUAUCAGCAAUUGCCCUGCUUAGAUUCUCUAAAAUCUGCCCUAGAGGUUGCAGGAAGAUCAGUUGAAGCUGAGUUUCUAUCUAAAAGGAUUCCAAGACAGCAGCUGCUGGACAAAUCUGGGAAGUCAAUACUACAACUUUGUUGCUGCCCUCCUCGUACCACUUCUUCUCAGCGUUUAUUCGAUCCCUCGUCUCAAUUUCACCCUGACCCCACAUCUCAACCAUUGGAGCAUAUACAGUCCAUCUGCAGUCCAAAGCUCAUUUGA